AUGGCCAGCAUCUCCGCCCUCAAGACGGUGGCCUCGACCUCGUUCGAUCUCCUCUUUGCCGAAUUUGUGCGCCACGCAAAGGCGAAACACAGCGAGUCAGUGUGUACACCCGGCGCUCUAGCCAAGCCUCGACCCCAGAUGCCCACCCUGGUGCAACAAAUGUAUUGGGGCAACUCAAGCACUUUUUGCUGUCCUGCUCACUCCUCACAGGCCUCUGCUGCCCAAGCCUGGCUCGAAAAACUGGGCUACCGCGUCGGCCUUAUGCUAUACGAAGUACACUCGGGCAUUAAUACUCGCUAUCGUCAGCAACUAGACAUUCUCCGCAGCAUCUGCAAAGACAUCUGGCCCAAAAUUUACGGCAAAGCUUUGACCAACCUCCGCACAAAUCACCACGGCACUUACUCGUUUCGAGAUGAAGCCUUUGAACCCUUGCGCAAAUUGGUCGUGGACAAGGCCACUCCCGAAGAUAUUCAGCUGAUGUCUGACAAUAUUGUCACGUUUUUUUGGUUUUUUUUCUUUGAAUUUUUUUCCGCCCCCUUUUUGACUUGCUCUCUCUCUCUCUCUCUCGCUCUCUCUCUGUGGCGCGCGCGCUCUCUCUCUCUCUCUCUCUCUCUGGACGCCUUUACUUCCGGCGAUGUGGGCCUGCAGGAGAUUCAGUCUGCUGUCCAAGAGCAGGCUUUGGGCAGCUUUCAGCUCUCCUACCUUGGCAGUGUUCCAGUGGCAGCAGCACGCCUAACCCCUACCAUGCUCGACAUGUUUGGGAAGCAGGUCAUUGGCACGGCGGCUCCGCGGCUAAAACAGCUCAAGCGCAAGCCAGAAACCGUUCACGUUGUUGUCAGCUCCACCGGUGUUCGGACGGUCAACAACCAGACCACCGAGGUGCUGAGUGAAGACCAAUGGUCCAAGGUCAUCUUUGCCUCGGCCGAUGCCAAAGACAAGAAACGCUUUGGCUAUCUUGCCUUUUAUUCCAAACUCGGUCUCAUUUAUUGCCACGUCUACUCGGCCAAAGAACCCAUUUGCGCGGCUGUUGUAGAUCGGAUCAUGCACUUUGUGCGCAGCAAGCCGACCGAUCCCGUCGUGGAGCAGGAUCGGCAUCAAAAGGCAACCGGCGCCACCUUGGGCAUCUACGAGAUGCACGCUUUAGCCAUUGCUGUUCCAGCCCAAGAUGGCGAGAUGCCAGCCGCUAUGCUUGCAGGUCUCGAGGAAAGCAUGGCCGACAUGAAGAAGAAAAAGCAAAAACCCGCCGACAGCGACGCCAUUGUCAUGGUCGUUUCAUCAGAGGGCAUUCGCGCCCUGGCUGCUGCCAAACUCAUUUGCAGCAUCGUGGAUGCCGUGUCACGCGAGGUCUCGCGAUCGAUUUUCAUCACGAACAUCAAAUAUGUCAACGAAAUUUUUGUCCGUAAAGACAACUACUUUGGUGUGCUCUACACAGGCAAGCAACGUCAAGGCUUGAUGUAUGGCAUCUUCUACAGCCCGCAAAAGGAGGCGGCCAAGGUAUGCGACACAAUCAAACAAGCAUUUGCUGUGGCCAAGGAGGAUGUGGCUGCCCGCCAGGGCAAUCCCUUCAUGCCCAUGGGCUCAAUUACGGAGCAGGUCCAGGGGCCCUUGGCAGCUGUUCAGAUUCCGCGUGGUCAGCUGACCGCCAUUCGACCCUUGGGUGCCGGACAAUUUGGUGAAGUUUACCUCGCUCGCCAGACACUUGACGACGGAACAGAGGCACUUCGGGCGAUCAAGAUGCUCCGUGGCGUAGCUUCGGCGGAAGAUCGCAAAGAGUUUCUGCACGAAGCUGAACUCAUGGCCUCGCUCAAGAGUGAUAUGCUGAAUGGAUUGGCCGGGGUCUGUGCUGCUCAACCACCGUGGCUGAUGGUUCUUGAGUUUUGCCAAGACGGGGAUUUGCUCUCGCACCUGGAGUCCAUGCGCACACGUCGUCGAACCAUGCUCCUCAGUGAGCAAUUGCGAGCGGGUGCAGACCUUGCCAAAGGUCUUCAGUACCUGGCAUCCCAGCGCCUGGUGCACCUGGACGUGGCAGCGCGCAACUGUUUGCUGCAUCACAAUGGUCUUAAGCUCGCUGACUUUGGUACAACGCGGCGCUAUGAUGAGGGCAAGCGAUACCACCGCUUGCGCGUGGCCAUGAAGCUUUCUAUUCGCUGGCUGGCGCCCGAAGCCAUGGGUCCGCCACCCAAACUGCUCGGCGAAUGGUCCGAUGUUUGGGCAUGGGGUGUUGUGAUGCAUGAGCUUUUCAGCUACGGACGGCGCCCCUAUCGCCGCUUGCCCAUCAAGGCCGUGCCGCAAGCCGUGCUCAACGGCGAGCGCCUGGCCAAAGAUGAUGCCUGUCCUGACGACGUUUACGACCUGAUGUCCCGUUGCUGGAUUCGCAAAGUUCGCGAGCGCCCGUCCUUUGCCAACAUUGUCGAGGAGCUUGAUGCAAUCCAGGGUACGCUCCAGGAGACGCCCCGCUCGUAUGCGCGCAUGCUGGAUGAUGCCGCUGGCAGCAGCGAGUUGAGUGUUGCCGACCUGGCGAUACAGCAGCAGAGCCUGCUUGAGGAUUACGUCAUUCCCGAGGGCUUGUCUUGAGCUGUGGGUCAUUGUCUGCCAAGAGCGCGCGUGGAGGAUGUUGGAAAUAGUUGCAGGCUUGUGGCGUGCGCUGUGAGGUAUCAAAGUCGAUUCUGGUAUAGC